CACCCUGACCAUCCUUCUUCCUUACAAUCUCUCCUCCCAUCCUCUUCUCCCCCUCUAGACUCCUCUUGCAUUUUCUCUGGUUGAUAGAGUCUUUGCACAUUCCUUCUUCCCUCUGUUAGACGCCGCAUAGAGCGAAAGACCGGCGUGGGAAGCGCAGUCUUCGUGGGCACCCCUUUCAGCCGACAUAGACCGCCUUUUUUUCACAUUCCUGAAAUUUUCCACCCACAAAAACACCAGAGUCGAAAUUUCCAUCCCUUUUCCAACUCUCCCGAGUUUCCUCUAGACAUGCCCUCUGUCGACACCAUGUCUGCCACCCCUACUUCCUCGUCAAAAGAGACGAAGCAGUCGAUCGCCACCCUGGAGCAGUUGCUGCAUCAGCUGUCCAUCUCCAAGUCCCAAGAUGAGGCAAACGGCGCCGCUGGCAACGUUGCCACAUUCUUGAACGGCCCCAUCGAAGAGCACGAUGUGCCUCUCAAGGCUGUCGAGAUCUUGAAGAAGCAGCUCGCCAACAAGAAGGAUGCCGUGGUGCGAGAACGUGCUCUGGAUGGCAUCCGAGCCGUCGCGUCUCACUCCACCAUUGCCCCCGGUGCUGAGCCCUACCUGAUCUCUCUCCUGCCGCUGGCUCUGGCUGCGGUUGGUGACAAGAUGGUUUCCGUCAAGAACGCUGCGCAGGCCGCAUCUCUUGCCAUUGUUAAAGCCAUCAACCCCAACGCCGUCAAGGUCGCCCUCCCUCACAUCCGAAACUCCAUCAUCACGGCUCAGAAAUGGCCCGAGAAGAUGACCGGUCUCGACUGCAUCGAGGCCCUUGUCGAAACCGCUCCCACCCAGCUCUCGUUCCUCGUUCCUACCCUCAUUCCGAUCGUUUCCGAGUCAAUGUGGGAUACCAAGCCCGAAGUCAAGAAGAAGGCCUACGGCACAAUGGAGAAGAUCUGCAAAUUGAUCGAAAACAAGGAUAUCGAGAAGUUCAUUCCCGAGCUCAUCAAGUGUAUCGCUAAACCUGAGAACGUCCCCGAGACCGUUCACUUGCUUGGUGCCACCACUUUCGUCACCGAUGUCCACGAGCCGACUUUGGCCAUCAUGGUCCCUCUGCUGGAACGUGGCCUGGCCGAGCGAGACACUGCCAUCAAGCGGAAGUCUGCAGUCAUUGUGGACAACAUGUGCAAACUGGUCGAAGACCCUCAAAUCGUUGCAGCUUUCUUGCCCAAAUUGAUGCCUGCGCUCACGAAGAACUACGAGAACAUGGCCGAUCCCGAGGCGCGUGAGAAGACCAAGCAGGGCUUGGACACCCUCAAGCGAGUCGGUGCAGUUAAGGAAGACGGCUCUUUCCCCAAGAUCUCCAACGCUGGCGAAAUCGCGACUGUUGUGCCGAUCUUGAAGGAAAUCAUCGAGCAAAAGCACAAGGGCGCGGUUGCCAAGGCCGACACUGUCAUUAACUACGUUGCCGCCAUCGCUGGCCAAUUGAUCGAUGAGAAGAUCACCGAUGAGCCGGACUGGGUUUCUAACACCGUCGAAUAUCUCAAGACCAUCGUUGGCGAAACUGACGCGAAAGCUGUUGCCGAGACUCUUCGCAAGCGUGCUUCCCCUGGUAUCGAGGACGAACCCGAAGCCGAGCCAGAUGAGGAGGAGGGUGAGGAUCUUUGCAACUGCACAUUCAACUUGGCCUACGGUGCUAAAAUUCUUCUCAACCAAACAACGCUCCGCCUCAAGCGUGGCCAGCGCUAUGGUCUGCUCGGCCCCAACGGUUCCGGCAAAUCCACUCUCAUGCGAGCCAUCAACAACGAGCAGGUUGAGGGUUUCCCCAAGCAGUCUGAGGUCAAGACCGUUUUCGUUGAGCACGAUCUGGAUGCUGCUGAUACUGAACUCACCGUCAUUGGCUGGACCGAGAUGAAGUUGAGAUCUGUCGGUAUUGAUACCCCUGUGGAUGAGAUCAAGGCCAAGCUCCUUGAGUUCGGUUUCCUCGAAUCUCAGAUGGAAGGCCCCAUUACCUCGCUCUCCGGUGGCUGGAAGAUGAAGCUGGCUCUUGCCCGCGCUGUGUUCGAAAACCCCGAUAUUCUCCUGCUCGAUGAGCCUACCAACCAUUUGGACGUGAAGAACGUCGCCUGGCUCGAGAACUACCUGAUCAACUCUCCUUGCACUUCCAUCAUUGUCUCCCACGAUUCCAAAUUCCUGAACAACGUCAUUCAGCACGUCAUCCACUACGAGCGCUUCAAGCUGCGCAGAUACCGUGGCAAUUUGACCGAGUUCGCCAAGCGAGUACCGUCUGCUCGCUCUUACUUCGAGCUCGGUGCUUCUGAGUUGUCAUUCAAGUUCCCAGAACCUGGUUUCCUUGAAGGUGUCAAGACGAAGGCGAAGGCCAUCGUCCGUGUCAACAAGAUGGCAUUCCAAUACCCAGGCACCGACAAGCCCCAGAUUCAGGACAUCACUUUCCAGGUAUCUCUCGGCUCUCGUAUCGCCGUCAUUGGCCCCAACGGCGCUGGCAAGUCUACCCUGGUCAAUGUGCUCACUGGUGAAUUGAUCCCCACAUCUGGUGAGCUCUACCAGCACGAGAAUAUCCGUAUUGCCUACAUCAAACAGCACGCAUUCGCUCACAUUGAUAACCAUUUGGACAAGACGCCAUCCGAGUACAUCCAAUGGCGAUUCCAGACUGGCGAGGACCGUGAAACCAUGGAUCGCGCAAACAAGAUUGUCACUGAAGAUGACGAGAAGGCUAUGGACAAGAUUUACAAGAUUGAUGGUACUCAACGACGCGUCAUUGGCAUCCACGCCCGGAGAAAGUUCAAGAACUCGUACGAGUACGAGUGUUCGUUCGCUCUUGGCGAGAACGUUGGCCAGAAGAACGAGAAAUGGACUCCCAUGAUGACUGCUGACAACGCCUGGAUUCCUCGCUCUGAAAUCCUGGCAUCUCACCAGAAGAUGGUCGCCGAGGUCGAUCAGAAGGAAGCCCUGGCCAGCGGUCAGUUCCGACCCCUGAUCCGACGUGAGAUUGAAGCACACGGUGCCAACUUCGGUCUCGAUGCUGAAUUGAUCUCCCACUCCCGCAUGCGUGGUCUGUCUGGUGGUCAGCGUGUCAAGGUCGUUCUUGCCGCUUGCACGUGGCAACGCCCUCAUUUGAUCGUUUUGGACGAACCCACCAACUACCUUGACCGUGAUUCGUUGGGUGCUCUUUCCAAGGCUCUGAAGGAGUUCGAGGGUGGUGUCGUCAUCAUUUCCCACAACGCCGAGUUCACCGAGUCUCUGACUGAAGAGGUCUGGAGUGUCAUGAACGGCAGAAUGACCCCCAGCGGACACAACUGGAUUCAAGGGCAAGGCUCUGGUCCUCGUUUGUCCGCGAAGGAUGACGACGAAGAGGAGAAAUUCGAUGCUAUGGGCAACAAGAUCGAAGGCAACAAGAAAGCGAAGAAGCUGACUUCGUCUGAGCUGAGAAAGAAGAAGAAGGAACGUAUGGCCCGGAGAAAGCGUGGCGAAGAAGUCUUCUCGGAUGAGGACGACUAGAUGUUGACACGACUACCUUUCGAUGAUUUUACGGCUCAAGGUGCAUUGGGAGGCAUUGAAACGAAUAAUGGUUGUCUAGAAAAGGAGUGCCUGGAGUUCUUGAGGGCAUGCAAAACAAAUCCGCUUGGAGAGGGCCAUAGAGAAAGAUUUCUUGAUACCCUCUUGAUAGAGCAUAGACAAGAUAGAGCACUGAAGACUUCAGUCAGUCUUAAUCGAUUAACUUGUCAUAUUCAUAA